CUCUGUCCCUCAAACAGCAGUUUUCGUGACACCAAGCACCAAGGUCGAACGUGGGUUGUUCGUCUUAUUCCGCUACAUUUAUUCUUAUGAUAACGUUAUUUAUUAAUUUCUGUGUGAAUACAUUAUUUUAUCUUUAGUUACGACACUUGGUGAUUGAGUUCAGUGACAUUUUUAGCAGCUAUGGCAUCUUUAUCGAGUUUGAACAAAAUAUCUGCACUGAGUAGAGAGAAUGUCCAUAUCCGGGACAAGGCGGAGUUGUUGCAGAAGUUGAAUAAGAUGAUUCAUGAUGGUCACAACAAGCUGCAGAUAGUGACAGACUUCGACCACACGCUGACCAGACACACCAUGGACAAUGGAAGUGUUGUACUCACUAGUUUUGGUAUGUUCCGUGAGUGCCCGUCAAUACCACAGCACUACAAAGAUGAGGACAAUAGGCUGGCUGGCAUCUACAAACCAAUAGAAAGUGACCCUCACAUGAGUAUUGAGGAGAAAACGAAACAUAUGAUAGACUGGUAUGUGGCAGCACAUGCUUUGCUCAAAGGCGUGAAAUUUCCGAGACAUGAAUUGAAGGAAGCAGCUAACAAAAUGGUGCAGUGUUUUAGGAAAGGUGUCCGUGAAAUGAUAGACUGGAGCAGAGCGCAGCAGGUGCCGGUGUUGGUGUUCUCCGCGGGACUCGGCGAGUCCGUGCUGGCUGCCAUGACUGCCGCCAACUUCAUGCUACCUAACGUUAAGGUAAUAUCAAACUUCCUAGCGCUGGACGAGGACGACUGCAUAGUGGGUAUCAAAGGCGAGGUGAUACACACGUAUAAUAAGAACGAAACCGCCAUCAAACACACGGAGUAUUACGACAUGGUGCAACAGAGGACCAACGUCGUACUUAUGGGGGACAAUAUAGGGGAUGCAGGCAUGGCAGAAGGUAUGGAACACUGUGACGUUGUCGUCAAAGUAGGAUUUCUAGGAAACAAUCGCGAGGGUAACCUCACAAACUAUCUAAACAAGUUCGAUAUUGUCCUGGUCAAUGACCCCACUGUUGACGUUGUGAACGGCAUUCUAGAAUGUAUACUGUGAUCCGAUUGUGAUGUAGCUAAAGUAAUUUAUUGUUAACGACGACAUUAUUGUUAGAAUUUUUAGUGCAAUAGUUUUUGUGUUUUGUAAAUCAGCCAGGCCCUAGUAAAGUAGCGGUUCUCAAUGUUUGUAAUGUUUUCGACACUAAAUCAAAAUAGGAAAAUUUAAUAUUAUUCGCGAUAUUUGGAAAAUGUUUAUUUUGUAUUAAUUUUAUGCAAAAUCACUAGCCAUUAUAAUUAACUUUUGAGUGUCACUGCCAACUAGAAUAUUAUGAUAAAGAAAAUUAAACUAAUUUGACAAUUAUGGACAAAUUAUAUUUUUACUUUGAGAACUGUUAACGCAGGAUAUACUUAAUUUAAACGUUUACUGCCUUUAAUUAUAAUUAUAAGUGCCUCAUUUUAUAUGAAACAGCAGCAUUUCAAAGUUUUGACCAAUUUACGCCGAUUACAUGUAAACCAUAUUUGGUAAUUUAUUAAUUUUCUAAGAUAUUUUUAUAAACAACACAAAUAACAGAUAAUUAUUAUUAUUCAUAUAAAUCUAAGUUGUGUUUGCUUACAUUAUUUAGCUAGUCGAUUAACUUAAUAGCAAUUAAUAUUUAUUUUAAAUUGUUUCUUAAACAAUAAUAAUCUCAAUUGUUACUUACUAGUGGUGUGCCACUUAAUAUCGAUAGUGUCUGUCAUUUAUCGAUAUUUCCUUGCAUGCCUAUUUCACCUAUGUUUUACUUAGGUACUAGAAAUGUGCCACUUAACAUCGAUAUCGAUUAUGUCAGUCAGUUAUCGAUGUCCCCUACGUUUAGGUCAAGUUAAUACUGUUUAGUCCUUAUUAUGACUGUUUGAAACCUACGAAUAGUUUUGUUGAUACAAGAUAGCUGGUGUACAAGGUUACAAUAACACUCUGGGUCUGGCUUAUACGUGAUUAUUGAAAUGAUCCACGCAUAUUUUUCUAUUUUACGUUUUGUAUUGUUUUAAUAUUGGUUUUAUGUCGAUAACUCAAAUUGUGAUUGGCUAUUUUUGUAAAGAUCUACGGCCUCUGAAUUUCAUUUAACAUUUUUACUUAUACAGUUUUGGUCAAGCAAUUUUGUUCUCUAUUUCGUUUAGUUAAGAAUGGUAUUGCUAUGAAAAAUAUUUACUCUAAUUAGUGUAUAUCAAAUUUGUUUUAUUACGAACGGAAUAGAGUUCAAAAUUAUGUAAUGUAGCUAUAUUUAAAAUUUGUGCAAAGUGAGCACACGUGAGCAUAAUAAGCUGAGAUAAAAACCUUUGAAGACAGGUUCUCACUAUACUAUUAUCUUUGUCUUGUACGUAUAUUAUGUUACAUGUGCGAUAGAGAGAUCAUAGUUAAAGUUACGGCGAUUUAUAUUCAUGAGAGUUAAACUCUUAGGACAGUUUAUUCCUCUUCCUCGGCACUUUGGAUUCUACUUAGUAGAUUUUACUAACGAUAUUGUAUAAAGAUUCAUAAAAAUAGUUUUUAUUGAAAAUAUGUUUUAACCCUUUGACCGCCACGCUAAUAACGAAAAACCGUGCUCCCGACGCCAAGCAAUAAAUUCGUUGUAUUAUACCUAUAAAAAAAUAGUGAUGGGAAACGCAAACCGAUAAAACAUCGAUACAUUUUGUUUGUGCAUAGUUUACAAAUAAAAUAAUGCUUAUACAACUGAAGUUUUACUAAUAAUGAAAUAAAAAAAUAUUUAGUUUAUCAUUAUUAACUCUUAGACCGAUAAAAAAAACCUUUGAAUCAAUAAAACAUCGAUACAUUGUGCUUGUGUUCACGGUUUACAAAUAAAAUAAUACUUUUACCAUUGAAGAUUUAGUUUAUGAUCAAAUACCUUACAUUAGUGUAUAUGUAUAUGCCUCUGUAAAUAUUGAUUUUGCAUAUAAAAAUAACAUAUUACCCUAUUUUCCCGUAACUAGUCGACGCUUUAAAGCGUCAAUGGCGUAGGAGAGGGGUAAUUUUGUCAUAAAAACGUAACAUAGACAGUGAUGUGAUGAUAGAUUUAUUAAUAGUUGUCGAUAUUUAUUAUAAUCAAAGUAUGACAAUAAGUUCUGCGUUAGUGCAAUAUUUCUAUUUCAUGAUACUCACGAAAACAUGUAACACAAAGAGGCACUUUACAAAUUUCACACCAAAAUCUUGUAUCUCGCCUUUUGCGUUUCAAAUUACUACAUAAUUUACAACGUAAUUUUUUCGAAUCCGGUAAAUAUGCUGGCAUGUGGCGUGCCGCAUUUCCUAUUAAUCGUAAUGGUUGGUCUACAUUUCGUGAAGUCAUCGGUAAGGUCUUGUCUCCUGCGUACUUUUGGAUAAUUUGUGUUACGACUGCCAGUUGGUACUUGGCAAAACGUAGUGUUUUGUUGUCUUGCAAAACUUUGUAGUAGUUGUAACCGUUUAGCAAAUAGAGGUCAAUUAUAUGAAAAAAUAACUUUUUGUACCAUUUCGUCACUUUUCGAAUACUGUGUAAAGAACUUAACAUCAUGUCAUUCAAGUCAAUGAUUCCCAUGUGUUCGUUGUAAUCUAUAACACAUUCGGGUUUCAUUUUUGGUAAACCUGUGGACCGAUCAAUUUUUUCAGUAGGUCCCAUUUGAUCUUUAUGCAUAGUAGUGAUCAUGUACACAUCUUUUUUGUCGUGCCAUUUUAGAGCCAUUAUAUUGGGAGCAUAUUUCACAUCCCUCUCGCCUUUUUUCAGUUUCUUGAAUUCAGGCAUUUCUUUGCGAUUACGUUUUACAGUUCCACAAGCACCUAUAUUUCGAUUUAAUAAAGAAAUAAAUAAUUUGGGGCUGCUGUACCAGUUGUCCAUAUAAAUUUGUCUAUUCGAAAAGUAAUAUUUUUGUAAAAAGGUAAUAACUAUUGAUCCACUUACACCUAGGUCUGCAUCGCGUAUUAUUUCAGUUUCUAAACCAGUAUAUAUGAUAAAAUCCAAUAUAAUUCUCGUUUCUACAUCACAUAAGACAAACAGUUUAAUGCCGAAUCGAUUACGCUUAUUAGGUAUAUAUUGUUUGAUAAUUAACCUUCCUUUAAAUGGAACAAUACUUUCAUCAAUACAUAGCUUCUUGUACGGAAUAAAAUUAGAUUGAAAUUUUUGUCUUGCGUCAUCUACCACCGUUAUUAUCUUUGACAAUAUUAGGUCAUUGGCAUGCCUUGGUCUCGGUUCAGAAAAAUGCAACAUUCCUAAUAUUGUCGUAUAACGAUUUCUACUCAUUAGAGUUGUGUAAAUUGGAGAAUUCAAUAGCGGAUUUGUUGACCAAUGCUCUUCAAUCGUUAAGCGACUGUUUCUAGUCAUUAACAUAGUAAUAGCCAAAAAUAUAUACAUUUCUGGAACGGUUACAUCUUUCCAAGUCUGCAGCCUCGAGUGGUUCCUCAAAUCCGUGUUUAGUAUGAAGUAGCAAUGAUACCGAUUAGUGUAGCGUAUUAUUGUUUUUAUUAACUCUUCGUCCACGAACUUCUCAAAAACUGCUAAUUCGUUUGAAGAUGAUGUUAAGUUUAAUGAAGGUGAAAUACCACUACCAAAGUCAUCAAAAAAAGGAGUUUCUAUUCCAAAUGGUUGUCUUGUCCAUUGAAUAGGAGGUGGUCCUGGUAUGUUCUCAACUAUAUCACUUUCAUCCUGAACAUUUGGAGGAUUUGAUGCUGGGAGGUUCUCAGUUAGUACAGCCUAAAAAAGAUAAAUGAAUAUCAAUUAAAAUUAAUUAUUAAGGACAGUAGUCCUUAGACAGUAAACUUUAAAGUUAAUAAACGAUUUUAUUAUGAUUUAUUAUGGACAGCCUCGGUAGUCGAAUAGUUUAGGUCGUUAUUCCCACAUAACACACACAUUUGUGUUUCUGUCCGAGUGUAAUUUGUACCCGUAAUUCUUAGAGUACUCCGUGACACAGGGCGUAAGGGAGCUAAAAAACGCUAAACUAAAUUUCGGGCAUGCCGUCCAAUCUCAGCGGAGUAUAACUUGUAAUGUUAGAAGUAGGUUUGUGAACUUAGAAAUGACUCACCUCAAAUUCAUCUUCAAUUUCACUGUCAGAUGCAGAUUCAAUUUCGAUUCCAUCAUCGACACCUUCUAAAAUACGAAGGAGCUCCUCGUGAUCCAUAUUUAUCUUUAAUAAAAACGCGUAACACAAAACGAUCUGCUAGUGAAAUACUUAUUGCAGUUAUAAUAAUAAUUUGUCUUGAGGGUACAUCGAUAAAAUGUUAUUUUUUCCUACCGUCAAAUCCCAACACUAUAACAACCAACGUUCUCGCUUGUGACGUCAUAGGCGGACGCUUUAAGUCGUCAACGGCGUUCACGACAUAGAAAAAUGUGUGAUUAUUAGUAAUGUUCGAAUAAGUUGUCGAUGUUUAUUUAAGUAAAGGGAAAACUAUAAUGUUACAAGGAAACUAAGUACCUAGGUAAAUAAAUUAUAUUUAUAGAUCAAUGUAUGUCGGUACUGCAAACAAAUAUACCUACUUAAUACAUAUUAGUUAGAAACUAGGCACUAUGUUAAAUAAUAAAUAUUAUAUUAUAUUGAGAAAAAAACUAUUAAGAAUAUUCUUUAUUUUUUCAUCUUCAAACAUAUCGAAACCUACUGUUUCUCUGUGUCUGAUAAAUCUAUGUUUAUUUCGUCAAAAUGAGCGUUCUUUGCAUGCUCUAAAAAAUUCAAUAUUUUUAUGUAGCAACGUGAACGAAUACACGGUUUAAUGUACAUGAAUUCUUCAUUUAGUAAUUGACAAUAAUAGUAGUUCCUUUUAUCA